AUGUGGGCUCAGCCGAAUUUUCUCAACUUGGAGCCAUACUCGGAGACGAGCGUGAAUCCGAGCGAAGUGCAGCAGAGCGUAGCUGCCCAUCGAUUCAGCAAGUUACACAGGGGUGAGAGGCAAAGUGUCAGUCUUCGAGAGAUGGCUGGUGAAGCGAAAGAAGAGUCCGAGAUGGAGUCGCUACAGAGGUCAAUGUCAGAGAUUGACGAAGAGCGCAGGACCUGGCAUAUUCGAGCGCUGCAGGCAGAGGCGGAGGUGCGAGCCUUGAAGCGACAGCGGCAUGGAAGCAGGGCAGAGAGUGUGUCCAACGAUGCCGAAUUGCCUGGCGCUCAAGUUCAGAGGCUGCGCGAGCAGCUGGAGAAGAAGGAUCGUGCCAUCCUCCAGCUGCAGGCGGACAACCACCGCGAGCAGCAAACCCGCGACAAGCAGUCUGCCGAGAAGCAGAUGAUGCUGAGCGAGGAGUUGCGCGAGAUGACGCAGCGCGCAGAGCACUUGUCGGAGCAAGUGCGCAAGAGCAAGAAGCGCGGCACAGAGCUGCAGGAGGCCAAGGACUCCGUCCGCUCCGAGCUUCGGGAGUGCCAGGCGCAGCUCCGGAAGGAGAUUUCGGUUCGUUCUGAAAUUCAGACGGAGGCCAUGGAGGCUGAGAUGUUCUUCAGCCUCAGCGAGACGAAGCAGGAGGCGGAUGCCACCGACGCCAUCUCCUUGGGUGAUGAUGCAUCUGGUGCAGGCACAAAGAAGCUGCCAGGUGAUGAGGCACCUAGCGCAGGUGCAAAGAAGCUUUCAGGCUACCAGGGUAAGCUUGCUCAAUGCCUUGCGGUGCUGCGGAGGCUCCACGGGGAGCUUUCCUCAGAGCUCCGCGCCCGCGCACCAGGUAGAAGUUCCGACGACUCGGAAGCAAUGACUCGGAUAUUCCAGCAGAUCGACAAGGCGCAAAAUCUCAUUGACGGCGUGCUGCCAAGUGCCGGAAGCAGCCCACUUGCUGGGGCCGGCCCGCCUUCGUCGAGCACCAAGCAGCCUGCAAGCCCAGAGGCAGAAAGGCCGCUACCCGAGGACCUGAAGAACCUGGUCCGGGGAGUCUCGACCCCAAGUUCGCUCGUGGGAUCCCCUCCCAGCAAAGACUCCGAGGAGGUCUUGUUGAUGAAGCUGGACAUCAACGAGAUCCGUGUCGCUGCCGAACUGGAAAAGCAGAAAAUGAUCACGGAGCACUGCGAUGAGCUAGACGACCUCGUGCGCCGACACGACAAGGAGAGGCGGGAGUUGCACAGGGAGCUGGCCGAGCUACGCUCGGAUCACGCUCGCGUCGAGGCGUCUGAGACGCUUCUACAGCCUCUACAGGAAAUUCGUGAGCAUUUCGAGAGCCAGGUCGUUCAGGUGAAGCAGGAGCUUGUGACACAGUUGGCCGAUAUCCAAGAACGAAAUCGUAUGCAGAGUGGCGAGGUGCAACUGGAGAUGCGUCAGCUCAGAGAUGAGCUCAAGAGGUGCCAGGACGAGCUCUCCAGUAGCCAGGCCGAGUUUCGGACGCUCUCCAUGCUCUACGACAAGGAGCAGCGCGAGAACUACCGCCUGCGGCAGGAAAGCCAGCAACAAAGUGAGAUGGCCUCCGGUCGGCACGAGGCCAUUGGAUUGGAACCUGUUGCCAGCGAUGUGGCAAAUCAGCAUCCCACCCUCACUUCGGCAGACUACUCCAUGGACACCACCGUGGCAACCGACAUCCUGCCCGUGUCCGUGGCUUCUCCGGAGCGCGCCCACGAGGCGGCGACAGCGAGCAACAGCAACUCUGUCACGAUGGUGGUCGAAGAGAGCCAGCAGGCAGCAGCUGGAGCACAGCUGCAGGUCGCCGGCAUUCCUGCGCCGCUGCCGGCACCCUCAGCCGCGGUGAAGCAGGUGGGCAUGAAGAUCAAGUCCACAGUCCAGGAUGAGGGGCGAGAAGCGCCAGCAGCACCACCACUUGUGCCGACCCCAACGCAGGCUCGGCCGAGCAUUCCCGCGGUGUCGGUGCUACGCACAGCACUGCCAAUUGCUGCGGUCCAAAGCCGGACACUGCCAGCAGCAGCAUUUCAUCAAGCACAUGACAGGCUUGGCACGAUGGCUGCCGCUCCCCAGACCCCCACAGUGUGCUCGGUGGUGACCACCGGCCCAACCUCACACCGAAGGGUUGGCACCACCACCACGACCACGACCACCACAAGGUUGCCAAGAGGCAAAAAGCUGGAGACAGUUUUCUUUGAGGUCCAGGUCGUGCGAUGCCGGCUGACAAUGAGGAAAACGAAGACCGGACACAUGGGCGGCGGAGGCAGCAGGGAGAUUCAUCACCACCAUGAGGAUAAGGCGUCCAAAGAGCUCGCUCGACAAGCCCAAGAGCAGAUGGAAGCUCUGCGCCGGCAGCAAGAGGCGCAACGGAGGAUUGAAGAAGAGAAUGAGCGGCGGCGCCAG